AAAAAAUGAACACAAACAAUACGGGAUCUUUACUUAAUCUUUUGAAGAAGGCUCGUACUUCUAACACUAAAUCUGUAAUUUCUGAAUUGAAAUUUAUCAAAUUGACCGUAACUAAAGACGAAUUCAAAAGCUGGAUAACGCAACUAAAAGAGGAUUUUCUUUGCACUUUUAUUGACAGAACUUCAUCUGCUGCAAGCCUUCAAGAUUUGCGCACUGGCCCUUCUAAUAGAAUCAUAUCCGAUUUUGUUAUGGAACAAGUUGAAAAAAACAUAUUUUGGUCUGACAUCAAGGGUAUACUCCAAUUAGUACACUAUGCCAUGAAGAAAACCAUCAGGAAAAGAGCUAUGUUGAGCCAGGACAACGCUAAAAGUAUGGACCUUUGGUCCACCAAGAUCACAACCAACGAAGACAUUAUCAUGGUUUCAUUCAUGUCAGAGUGGCAGCUGAAACUUUUGGAGCGCGAUGGUGAUAUGCUUUCCUUGGAUUCAACCCACAACACAUGUACCUGUCAAGAUUUCAAGUACUGCUCGUUAUACAUGAUUGUAGCCAGAUGUAGUGACACUGGAAAAGGAAAACCGUUGGUAUGGAUUUUUACGAGAAGUUAAAUCCAAUACCCGAUGAUGCACUUGUUUAAAUGGUUUAAGAAUGAACAUGGUUACUAACCCAACUGGUGAAGAGCGACAUUAGAAUAGAUUUUAGAUCAAAAAUAGAUAUAAAAAAAA